UUCUCUUGGCUUACUAGUAUUUUGGCAGCCACGCAAUCCGGCCACACUGGCGGAAUCCCAGCAGCUGGCUUAUCUUAUCUGUUUCUCUUGUGUUUUUUGGGUACAUUUCGAAUAUUGCACUGUUAAACUCGGUUUUUCGAUCGCCCCCAACUGUGCGUUCACUUUGUGGAAGAGGGAGCAGUUGAUCUGCGAACAGAUCCGCACGCUGGAACCCAUCGAUUGCAUGCCCUGCAAGGAACAACCUGUGGCUGGAGAGGAUUGGUCGGGAUUCAAGGGGACACGAUGAGCUGCUUUAGUGCGAUGAGUGCCCCGCUGCUGGGCGAAAUGGAGCAGACGAUCGGGAUGCUAGAGCGCGGUACCAUAGUGACAAAACUAUAUGGUAAACAGCGGAGACCCGAUCGCCGCCACCUGAUGCUCAUACGGGAGACGCGUCAGCUUUUGUGGGCCACGGUGGCGACGCAAACGCCGCGAACGGACUACGAGGGUGCCAUCCAGCUGCGGGAGAUCCGGGAGAUUCGCGUGGGCAAGCACUCCAAGGAGUUUCGCCUCUUUGCCGACGAGUGCCAGCGUUUCGAGUCGAGCAAAUGCUUUGUCAUCCUGCACGGCAACCACUUCAAGCUGAAGAGCUUCUCGGUGGUGGCUCUCUCGGAGAUCGAGGCUGAUAACUGGGUGCGGGGAUUGCGCUAUAUGGUUAAGGAUACGCUGGGUGCACCCUAUCCCCUGCAAAUCGAUCGCUGGCUGCGGCGGGAAUACUACCAAAUCGAGAAUGUCAACUCGCAUUCGGCCAAGGCCACGGAACAGUCGCCGGCGCAGGUCACGAUCAAGGAUUUCAAGCUAUUCCUGGCCAGCGUUAGCUGCAAAUUGACCACCAGCAACCUAAUGGAGCACUUCACCGAGGAUGUGCGACGCAAGAAUGAUCUGAAGUUCGAUGAUUUCUCGAGGUUCUACCAAAAGUUGCUGCUACCCCCAGGAUUUGCGAGCAUUUUGUGCGGUGGAUCGGGAAGUGGCUUCCCCUAUUCAGAGGAUCAGCAGGUGGUGCGACCGGCGGAACUGAAGAAGUUCCUCGAAACGGAACAGCGGGACGUUAACACCACCGAGAUAAGUAGCUCUGCAAUAGCCUCGUUUAUACGGGAUUUCGUGCAGGAUGUGGAGCGGGAUGUGCAGGAACCGUAUUUGACCUUCUCGGAGUUCGUGGACUUUCUGUUCUCCAAGCAGAACGACCUGUGGAACAGCAAGUACGAUUCGGUGUUUAUGGACAUGAACAUGCCGCUCUCCUCCUACUGGAUCGCCUCGUCGCACAAUACCUACCUAACCGGCGAUCAGUUCUCCAGCGAAUCCUCCUGCGAGGCCUACGCUCGUGCCCUCCACAUGGGCUGUCGCUGCAUCGAGCUGGACUGCUGGAAUGGCCCCGAUAACCUGCCCUACAUCUUCCACGGCCACACGAUGACCUCCAAGAUCAAGUUCAUGGAUGUGAUCAAGACGAUUAAGGAUCACGCCUUCACCACCUCCGAGUAUCCGGUGAUAUUGUCCAUCGAGCAGAACUGCUCCUUGGAGCAGCAGCGCAACAUGGCGCAGGCCUUGAUCGAGGUAUUUGGGGACAUGCUGCUCUCGCAACCUUGCGACCGAAACGAGCAGCAUUUGCCCUCGCCUUAUCAGCUUCGUCGCAAGAUAAUCCUGAAGCACAAGAAGCUGCCGCAGUUCGAUGAUAUCAGCAAUGGGAUUCCCGCCACGGGGUCACUGGGUCACAGAUCUUCUUCGCUGGGCAGCGGAGGCGGUGGCGGUGGCGGUGGAGCUAUCGGGGAAACCGACAGCGAGAACAUGCGCAAGGUGUUCAAGGAGGGGUUGCUGUACUUCAAGGAUCCCGUCGACAAGACCUGGAAUCUUUACCAGUUCGUGCUCACGCAACAGGAGCUGAUCUACUCCUCCGAAAUCAACGAGUCGCGCAACGGAAACUCCGAGGACGAUGACUUUGGGUUAUCCUCCUCUUGCUCCCUGAACAGCAACAUGCAGCAAAAGCAAAAGGACACGUCGGCCAACGAUGAGCUGCACUUCGGCGAGAAUUGGUUCCAUGGGAAAUUAGAAGGUGGCAGAAACGAAGCAGAUGAGCUACUGAAGCAGUACAAACAUUUUGGCGACGGGACAUUUUUGGUACGCGAAUCGGCAACGUUUGUGGGUGACUAUAGUCUGUCGUUUUGGCGCCGAAAUCGACCCAAUCACUGUCGCAUUAAACUGAAGCAUGAGAGCGGCUCGAUUAAAUACUAUUUGGUGGAGAAUUUCGUGUUCGACUCGCUUUACUCGCUGAUCGUUUACUAUCGCAAGAACAUGCUGCGCAGCUCGGAGUUCUCGAUAAUACUGAAGGAGCCGGUGCCGCAGCCAAAGAAGCACGAGGAUCAGGAGUGGUUCCAUCCGAACACCACCAAGGAGCAGGCCGAGCAGGGACUGUAUCGCCUGGAAAUCGGCUCGUUUCUUGUCCGGCCGUCGGUGCAGAGCAUCAAUGCGUUCGUCAUCUCGUUCACGAUCAACAGGAAGAUCAAGCACUGCCGCAUUAUGCAGGAGGGUCGUCUCUUCGGCAUCGACACAAUGAACUUUGAGUCCUUGGUCUCGCUGAUCAACUACUACACCCGCAAUCCGCUCUACCGCAAUGUGAAGCUCAGCCAUCCCGUUUCGCAGGAGCUGCUGCGCCAGUCGCUGGCGGAGAUCGCACAGGGCGAUCACAGUGGCGGCCACGACGACAAUGGGGCCUCCAACUACAUGGGCUCGAACCUCGAGGAGUACGUCACCUGCAAGGCCCUCUACUGCUACAAGGCGAACAAGCCGGACGAGCUCUCCUUUCCCAAGCACGCCAUCAUCACGAACGUCCAGAGGGACAACUCGAUGUGGUGGAUCGGGGACUAUGGCGGCAUGAUCAAGAAGCAUUUCCCGGCGAACUAUGUGAAGGUUAUUGAUUCUGCCACUGAGGACUACAACUCGUUGAACGAGGAGGGAACGGACGGGCGCACCGAUUCAAUUGAGAUAUUUGGUGCCGUGGCGGCACUUUUCGAAUCAAAUGAGCCGGGAAUCAUAUUCAAGCUGCAAAUACAAACGCCAACGAUGCAGAGUCCGUUUGUGAUUGGCUGCGAUAAUCAGGAGACGGCAUUCGAGUGGGUGAAGGCCAUUCAGGAUGCGGCGCGCAUCGCCAGUCAGUUGGCGACGGAGCGGCGGAAAAAGGAGCGCACCGCCCGCGUCGCCAAGGAGAUGUCCGACCUGAUCAUCUACUUCCGCAGCGUGCCGUUCCGCGAACACUCGUGGAUAUUCCAGGAGAUGUCGAGCUUCCCGGAAACGAAGGCGGAAAAGCAAUUCUUUCAGCAGAACACACAGCUAUUUCUGUCCUACCAUCGCAAUCAGAUUAGUCGGGUUUAUCCGAAGGGCCAGCGACUGGACUCGUCGAACUUCAAUCCGAUGCCAUUCUGGAAUAUUGGCUCGCAGAUGAUUGCACUGAACUAUCAGACGGGCGACAAGGCAAUGCAGCUGAACCAGGCCAAGUUCAGGAACAACGGAGGGUGUGGCUAUAUCCUGAAGCCGCCGUUCAUGAAGUCCGAUAGCUUUAAUCCAAACAGUCCCCUGUGCGAGGGCAUCAACGAGGUGAAAGUUAGCAUACGUAUCAUUGCGGCCCGCCAUCUUUUUCGGGGCGGCAAAUCGAACAAUCCGCAGAUUGUGGUCGAAAUAGUUGGCGCCAGCUACGAUACGGGUGUCAAGUAUCGCACCAAAGUGAACGAGAAUGGCUUCAAUCCCGUGUGGAACGAGUCCUGCGAGUUUACCGUGCACAAUCCUCACUUCGCGAUCCUCCGCUUCGAAGUCCAAGACGAGGAUAUGUUUGCCGAAACGCACUUUAUUGCCCAAGCAUGCUAUCCUUUGAAAUGCGUACGCCAAGGCUAUCGAAGCGUUAUUCUAAAGAACAAAUUCAGCGAAGAACUGGAACUGUCUUCCUUACUGAUCAAUAUUAAGAUUACAAAUACCACAUAGACGAAUUGGUGUCUGGUUGAGUGCGCAUUAGGAGUGCGAGCAAUUAUUCCCAAUUAACUAGUUAAACUGUUUCUAUUGACGGUAGAAAGUAUAAAUGCGCUUGUAGUGUAUUUUCAAAUGUGAGCUUUCCAUAUCUCUAAUUUUUUUUUUAACAAACUAUUACCUGUUAGCUAACUAACGAACAUAUCUUAAACAUAUCAAAAGUUAUGGGAAUGCAUACUAGUUUUCCACUAACAAUCAAAAUAAUAAGAGAAGCCUCGUUAAACUAAAAUCAAAUUAUUCAACUAUUUAAAUUGAAAUUGCUUUUAAAAUGUGUUUUGUAUAAAACAAAGUAUUACCUUUAAGCCCUAAAGAAAACAAAUGCAAUUUCUAGAAAACAUCAGGCAGAAUUAACCAAUAUUCCAAUAUUUCCAAACAUUUUUCAUAGCACAAAUACUUAAUGUCACUUCUAAACUAUAGAAUUCGCAUUAAACUAAAUUAUUUUUUGCACUCUUUAGCAUCUUCCACUUGUUUAACAAAUACGAAUUAUGAAAUAAUUUUACUUAGGAAAUGCCAAACAAAACAAAACCAACGAUGAUUUACAACAAUUGUCCUUUUCCAAGUGCUUAAAAGUGCCUUAAAAAUUAAAAAAAAAAAGAAAAUCUAGAAAAUUAUGAAACGUGAAAAGGUGAUGAAUUCCUUUUUAAAGAAUCAUUUCCAAAAAUUUAUUUUUCGAAACUGAUUUAGUUUUAACAAAGAAUAUUGAAGUCGCGGUUUUUAAAGAUUUUCGAAUUUCUUUAUGUUUAGGACGACAUCGAAAGAUGUAAUUUAAGAAAUCGUAUCUUUUUAAUCUCGACUCUCCCAAGAUCUACAAACUCUCAGCUAACCUAACAAGUUUAUUUAUGCAUUUGGUAGUUUAAAUAUAUAACUUAGGAAACAUUAUGAAGUCCGAUAAAAAUCAUCGGUCGUUUAAAAAAAAGGAAAGUAAAUUCCCCGAGGUAUUUACAACCUGAAAACGAUUUGCAUUUCAUUCGAAUGCCCGCUUAAAAUAUCGAACGCUAUUCCAUAUGCGCUUUCAUACAUUUUUCAUGCAUUUGCAUUUAAUUAUAUGAUCAACAUUCUAAAGCCUUUCACCUUAAAACUAUUGGACAGCCAAUGAUUUUUUUAAUAUGUAUGUGUGUACCCAAAAUGUAUUUAAGUCGUACGUUCCGUUUUGAAGUGUAUCUGUAUAUCCAAUAUAUUUUUUUAAUAAUUCUUUAAAUGCUAUAUAUUAUCAGUAAGCACACAAGAUGUCAACAAACGUAUUUACAUUAUUUAAUGCCAAAUAAAUAUUUACCGGCGUUAGCUGUCUGUA